AUGACAUCCAGUGCAGCAUUCUUUCCUACUUUCUUCUUCCUCCUCUUCUCCAUGCUGGCUCUCACUCCAAUACACCGGUUUAAUGCUGCAGCUCUUUCUCAAGACCAAGACCAAGACAAUGAUGCUACCUGGCUUCUGAGCUUCAAGGCGUCCAUGAUCUACUCCGAUCCCUCCAACCUUCUUGGCUCCUGGAACACUUCACCUAAUCCCUGCUCCAAUUCUUCCUCCUCCUCAUCCUGGUUCGGCGUCUCCUGUGAUCCCAUCUCCUCCAGGGUCGUUUCUCUUAACCUCACCAUCCCCUCCCAAGGCCGACAACCAAAUGGGUUCAACAUUCUCUCCGGCACCCUCUCUCCUUCCCUUGCCCACCUCACCCACCUCCGCACCCUCUCCCUUGCUCACCAUGCCUUCUCUGGGCACAUUCCCCCACAACUCGGUUCUCUCAAUUCUCUCCAAAUCUUGGAGCUCCAAGGCUGCAAUCUCUCCGGUUCCAUUCCCCAUUCGCUCUCCCUAUCUCUCUCACUUCGCUUCCUUAACCUAUCCCACAACUCUCUCUCCAAUUCCAUCCCCCCAGGUUUCCUAAAUUCCACCGGGGCCUUGGCUGUCCUCGAUCUAUCCAAUAAUCUUCUCUCAGGGACCCUAUCCUCGUCCAAAUCCAGUUCCAAUGGAUGCCCCCAAUCUCUCACUUACUUGAGCCUCUCUAACAAUUUCUUGGUUGGCGACAUUCCCGCUAACAUAGGCACAUGUUCGAAUCUCACCGCUCUCUUGCUCAACGGAAACCUCUUCGAAGGCAAGAUCCCUUCAACACUAGGCCAUCUCUCUCGACUACAGGUUCUCGACAUAUCCAGGAACAGUCUCACCGGCACCAUCCCCAUUGAGCUUGCCAACUGCAAGAGCCUCUCCGUUCUUGUCCUGACCAAUUUGUUGCUUGAAUCUGACUCUCCACCACCGUCAGGCCUCGAUUUUGCCACCUUCAGGGGAGAAUUUAAUGCCUUCAAUGGAGGCCUACCCUUCCAGGUCUUGCUUCUUCCCAAUCUUCAAAUGCUUUGGGCUCCCAGGGCCAAUCUGGCUGGACCAUUACCUACUAAAUGGACGCCAUCUUGCUCUCUCAGGGUUCUCAACUUGGCCCUCAAUAACAUCAUUGGUUCUAUGCCUUACAGCUUGGCCGCCAUGUGUACUAAUCUCACUUUCUUGGACUUGAGUUCAAAUGCGUUGCAGGGUUAUUUGCCGCCGAAUUUCCAAAUCCCUUGUACGGCCUAUUUCAACGUAAGCCGAAAUUCCCUUUCUGGAUUUAUUCUUAUUCAGGAUACUUUUGAUACCAACGGAAACAGCAGCAGAUGUGGUGGCUUGGCCGUGAAAUCUUCUUGUGGAGUAGACCUGCUAGGCCUUCUGGACUUGGAAGCUGAGGAAGGCCUUCUUCAUACUGCUUACUCUUUUAUCAGUCCUUGUUGGGCAUCUCAUUCUCAAGAUAUUGAUCUCUCUGGAGCUGCUUUGCUGGGUAGUGAUGUUCCAGUUGUAGUAACUCAUGAUUUUAGCUGGAACUACUUUUCUGGUCCACUGCCCUUCUUCUCUAUUUUGUUGGCUGCUCCUGUCAAAGUAUCAUAUUGGUUGUUCUUAAACAAUAAUGUUUUCAAUGCGACUCUGUCGAGCAAGUCUUUGCCCAGCUGUGAAAAUCUGCGAAGCUUCUAUUUGAAUUUGAAUUCCAACCAAGUAUAUGGAGAGAUUGACGCCAAGUUUUUCAAUUGCUCGUGCCUAGUUUACUUUGAAGCUGCACAGAAUUUGAUAAAUGGUUCCAUCCCAGCAGAGGUGGGGAACUUGAAAAAGCUUCAACAUCUAGACCUCAGCAGAAAUAAACUAUCUGGCUACCUGCCCGAGAGACUUGGGGAGUUGGAAGGCUUACAACAUGUUCUUCUCGCUGAGAACAAUUUGACUGGAGAAAUUCCAAAUCAAAUUGGUGAAUUGACUUCGCUGAUGGCCUUGAAUUUAUCUCAUAAUGAUCUCAGAGGAUACAUUCCAACAAAUCUUGGCAAUGCAAAAAACCUUGAAAUUGUGUUGCUAGAUCAUAACAGCAUAUCCGGAGAAGUACCUUCAUCAGUCGCAGCCCUUUCCAACCUUGCUCUUCUUGACCUAUCAUUCAAUAACUUGUCUGGUCCCAUACCUCCUUUUAAGCAUGCAAUUAACUGUGACAGCUUUAAAGGCAAUCCAUUUCUACAGUCAUGCCCCGAUCAUGGUGCUUCAGCGCCUCCGACUGGGCUUCCUUUCCCUCUUAAAGUGCGCAAGUGGCAAAACCGAAGUAAAUUGAGAUCUUUUGUCAUAGGAAUAUCCACUUCUGUGUCUGUUUUGGUUUCGAUACUCGCAGUUAUAUUUGUUUUUAUUCUUGGGAGGAGAAAGCUUAGUAGGCUUGCUAGCCUGAGGAGGAAAGUUGUAGUGACUUUUACAGGUGCUCCUCCAGGGUUGAAUUAUGACAAUGUCAUUAGAGCAACUGGGAAUUUCAGCGUGGGGAAUCUCAUCGGCUCUGGCGGCUUUGGGUCUACAUACAAGGCUGAACUUGUCCCUGGCUUCCUCGUGGCAGUGAAGAGGCUAUCAAUUGGUAGAUUUCAAGGUAUUCAGCAAUUUGAUGCAGAGAUAAGAACGUUAGGAAGAAUAAGACACAAGAACCUUGUAACACUCAUGGGAUACUAUGUUGGCAAGGCUGAAAUGUUCUUAGUCUACAACUACCUUCCCGGGGGAAAUCUUGACACCUUUAUACAUGAAGAAACAUGCAUGAAUAAAGAGUGGCGGGUGAUACACAAGAUAGCCGUCGAUGUAGCUAAGGCUCUCACUUACCUCCACUACUCAUGCGUUCCGCGCAUAGUCCAUCGAGACAUAAAGCCCAGCAAUAUCUUGCUUGACGAGGAACUCAAUGCGUACCUGUCAGACUUUGGAUUGGCUCGGCUUCUGGAAGUUUUCCAGACACAUGCCACCACUGAUGUAGCAGGCACAUUUGGUUAUGUUGCACCAGAGUACGCGACGACUUGCAGGGUUUCAGACAAGGCAGAUGUCUAUAGCUUCGGCGUGGUUCUCUUGGAACUGCUGUCAGGAAAGAAGUCUCUUGAUCCUUCCUUCUCUGAAUAUGGAAAUGGUUUCAAUAUUGUUGCUUGGGCCAGGUUACUGGUUGCAGAAGGGCGUUCCUUUGAGCUCUUCUCACCUGAAUUAUGGCAAUCUGGUCCGCACGAUGAUUUGCUAGCCAUGUUGAGGCUUGCAUCAAGUUGCACCGUGGAGUCCGUGUCCGUGCGUCCCUCUACGAAACAAGUUCUUGAUAAAUUGAACCAGUUAAACGUGUGAAACAAGCAAUGAGCGGAUUCGCCUGCUCUAAACACAAUGGAAUUACCAGAGCCAAAGUCUUCACUUUAUGUUUGGACAAUAUUAGGGAAGCUGAUGAUGAAGGCGACAACAACAAUCUUGCAGAAUCAAACACUUCACAAGAGUGGAGGGGCCACUCUGCAUCUGCUGAUCGGAGACUUGCUCCCAAUGUCUUGCAAAGGAUGGCAAUUACUUAGCAGAUGAUCAUGAGAAUGUGGGCCUGGAGUGGUAUCAUUCUGGUCUCCAUCUUGAAUUGUAUCUUGGACAGAGAACAAGGUCCUUAUGUUUCUUUCAUGCCUCUCUACUGGUCUGGGAAUCUAGAUGGAUAGCUAUAGAUAGCCCUGAUCUAUCUUAUGUUUUCGGGGUAACAAUACUUUCACACGUUAGAUUGCUAGAUUACAAUUCCUGCAGUGUUCAGUCAAUUAGACUGGAUAUAUAUAUAUAUAUAUAUAUCCAUGCAUGUAU